UAUCAGCCUCGUAAGUGUGAACUAUAUUUUUUUUAGUUUGGUCGUUUUUGGGGUUGUUUUUCACCGUCAGUUAAGUUGUGUGUGCCUGGUGUGCUGGGUGUCUGCGCCGCGAAGAAGAGCUGUUAAGAGAGUGUCGAGACCUGGGGGCCUGAUGUAGCAGGUUGUCAUCUCCUCUGCAAUGAAGGAAAUCCAAUCCAGCGAUGUGAUUAUGGACUGAAGGGGCUGAUUAAUUGGCUGUGUGUACAGGAAGCCUGCAUUUUACACAACAAAGCUGCAGAGAUGGAAAUAGAAAGAUGACACGAGAUGGAUCAUAGUUAAAGGUAAACCACAGGACUGAGUCACACGCGGCUGACAGUUGGGCUGAUGGUAGACCAGCAUGGCUACUUGUUCCUGAAUCAAAGAUGCACGCUCCCAUUGGAUUCAUCCCUCUGACAGCCACUGAGCCAAUCCAACCCUCCAUCAGACAGUUCCAUCUCCACUUACACUGUUACCUUUUGUUACAGAAGCGUAGUAUUUUUUAGUCUGUUCGCCUUCAGUCUUUGCCCUAGUAUGACCCUCUGCAUGUAGAGAGGUGUUAGCAGACUGAUUAAUAGGGCAUUUUCUCCCUGCUAUUCCUGAGGGGUCAAUAGGGACAUAAUGCAGCAGAGGGAUGAUAGUCAGAUGGAGCAGGAGGAGGUGGGUUCUAGUUCAGGUCCUGGAGCUAGAAGAGAGGCAGUGGGGUCACAAUGCCCGGGGUUGAAGAGGGCCUCAUCCCAGUCAGAGCACCCCUCCUUCAGUAAGAUGAGCCAAAACGCCAGGGAGAGCAUGGGGAUUCUCGGCCAGGGACUGAAGCAGCUGUUCCAGCAGCAGCGUAAACGCCUCUCCCUCUCUCGUUCCACCAUCCCCUCCUCGUCCUCCUCCUCGUCUUCCUCUGUAGUGUCAGCAGGUGGCACCUCCCCCUCUGCCCCCCAGGACGCCUUGGGGCCCUGCUCUCCUGAAUCUGACCACCUCUCUGCUCAUGUGGUUCCCUCUGCAGCUGGGCAGGGCUCAGCCGCUGCGGGCAUGAUGAGGCGCGGGACCAGCCUCCAGAGCCGGCGCAGUAAGGGAUCCGGGUCGGGAUCCGGGAGCGGAGACCGUGAUCCUCUCCUGAGAGGCAGCCCCCAGGCCCCGCACCGCCGCUACACCCACGAUCCACAGCAUCAUACCAGCCGCCCACGUUCCUCUUCCACCACUGACACCACACCCAGCAGCCCCACCCCUGGGUACAUUGGUGGCGAUGUGGUGCUUUCGUCGGGGUACCAGUCAACAGAGGAGACUGAUAGGAUCGACCGGCUGGAGGUGAGCGGGCUGGGCCAAACACCGCUGGCAGUUUCAUGUGGGGCAGACGGUUCGUUCCCGGGAGGUGAGGAUGCCACCCCAGAUCCUCAGCGCACUAAGCAGGCAAUCGCCCAGCUGCAGCAGAAAAUCCUCAAGCUCACGGAGCAGAUUAAGAUCGAGCAGACAGCCAGGGAUGACAACGUUGCUGAGUACCUCAAACUGGCCAACAAUGCUGACAAACAGCAAAGCACAAGGAUCAAACAGGUUUUUGAGAAAAAGAACCAGAAGUCAGCGCAGACCAUCCAGCAGCUGCAGAGAAAACUGGAGCACUACCACCGGAAGCUGCGGGAAGUGGAGCACAACGGCAUCCCACGCCAGCCCAAGGAUGUUCUGCGGGACAUGCAGCAGGGCCUGAAGGAUGUCGGAGCCAAAGUCACGGGCUUCAGCGAAGGCGUGGUCGACAGCGUGAAGGGAGGCCUUUCCAGCUUCUCCCAGGCCACCCACUCUGCCGCCGGAGCCGUCGUCUCCAAACCGCGCGAGAUCGCCUCGCUGAUUCGUAACAAAUUCGGCAGCGCUGACAACAUCCCCUCGCUCAAAGACUCUCUGGACGACCCCUCAGUGGAAGAAGGUGUGACGGGGGCUGGCGGGCGUUCGCUGGGUAGCGCUGGGCAUCACCUCCAACCCAGUCCCAAGUACGGCAGCGAGGACGACUGCUCUAGUGCUACGUCAGGCUCGGCAGGGGCUAACAGCACCACAGGGGCCCCUGGAGGCCCCCCCAGUUCCAAGGGCAACACACUGGAGAGGAGUCAGAGCUCGAGCCUCGACAUGCUGCUGCAGGAGUUGCAGGAGCUGAGGGAGGGCCAGGCGAGGCUAGAGGAGAGCCUUGAUGGUUUGAAGAGCCACUAUCAGAGAGACUACACAGUUGUUAUGCAAGCACUGCAGGAGGAGCGCUUCAGGUGUGAGCGUCUGGAGGAGCAGCUCAACGACCUGACAGAACUUCACCAGAACGAAAUCCUCAACCUCAAGCAGGAGCUGGCCAGCAUGGAGGAGAAGAUCGCCUACCAGUCGUACGAGAGAGCCAGAGACAUUCAGGAGGCGUUGGAGGCGUGUCAGACCAGGAUCUCUAAGAUGGAGCUCCAGCAGCAGCAACAGCAGGUCGUCCAGUUGGAGGGGCUGGAAAAUGCCACGGCCCGGACCCUCCUGGGAAAACUUAUCAAUGUGCUGCUGGCCCUUAUGGCUGUCCUUCUGGUCUUUGUCUCAACUGUGGCCAACUGCGUGGUCCCCCUGAUGAAGACACGCUCGCGCUCGCUCUCCACCCUCCUCCUCAUCCUCCUGCUGGCCUUUUUGUGGAGAAACUGGGACGCUCUCUCGGGGUACACGCACCGCGCUCUGCAGCCACCGGGAUGACCAGAUUGAAGCCAGCACGUGUUGCUUUGUUGAUACCGGGCGAAGUUACUGUAGCUGCCGUUCGUGCAGGAAGUUUGAAGAACGUGAUUGCCACUAGGAUGGCUGCGUGGCCGGGCUCUGAAAAAUUGGGCUGAAGACAUUCGGACACGGCCUGGAAUCAUGAAGAGGAAGAGUAGAGCUGAAAACACUCAUGAUUGUCAUUUAGGAAGGACGAGACUGUUUACAUUUCUUGAACAUGAACUGUUGCGUUGCUACACCUCACAGAACGCAACAUCGUACUGUUUUUAUCCUUAGAGUUUAAUCAAUUAUAAUGUAUUAUUUCUAAUAAUAUUAUUUUUAUUUUCAAUGUUAUUUUAUUCAGUACCAUGUAGCAUUUACGCUCCUCUCGCUCUACAUGAAGGGGAGUUUAGUCAGGAAACUGGGUUGGCUGUUCGCCCUCAAGGCCCGGUCUAAUUGUAGAGACAUGCAAAUGUGAUAAUGUGAUUGAUUGCCUUUAGGAAGAGAACUCUUACCUAGCUGUGAUUGGUAGAUUUGUGCCAUGGCUGAAAACCUUCCUGGGAGUUGCUCCUGUUUUGUUGCUGUGAUGAAAUGGAACAUUUUUUUGAAGGACUGACCAGACAAGAGACUUUUUGUGCUUCCUCACCAUUUCUAAUGGAAAAGAUCACAUGCUUUUACUUAUUCCCCUUUUUUUGUUUGUUUUUAAAGUAAAACAAGAGGAACUGUUUAACAGACGAGGUUAUGAAUGAAACACAAAGACGGACUGGGCCAGCAGCAGCACAGGAACACAGAGAGAACAUCUGGUUAUUGUUAAGUAUCUGCAGUGUGUGUGUGCAACAUGUAAACAAUGCUGCAUGUUUUCAUUAAGAAAAAUGACAUAUGACCCAACUUUGCUUUUAAAAAUCAAUGGCUAAAGGCCACUGUCCAAGUAAAACCAAUUUGCCAGGAUAAUUGCCUCCCUACCGCCAUAUUUGAUGUGAUCAGGUUAGGAAAAGAGACUCACUGGUGCUUAUCCAGCUCCAUCUCAGUCGGAACAGGAAUGCUGCUGCUUCAUAUCUACAGUGCAAGUCGUCUCCACUGCCAUGACAGUCAAAUGCACACUGCCUGUAUGUGAUACUGUACUGCUCAUCAGACUUUGUCCCCGCUUAUUGUCUCUGUAGCCGUCCUUCUUUUUCUACAAGUGCACCGCUAUCUCAUGGUGUGAUCACCUAGUGCCAAACCUUAGUCUACCCGCGGAUGCCUGAGCACCCAAAGGGUCCAAUCUGAGAGGAGGAGUGCGUGCUUUUAUUCUCACACGUCAUGAAUGUCUUGGCUGGAUGUCAAGGUUGUAUCUUUUUGGGAGACUUAACCUUUGCAAGGGAAAAAAAAAAAUCUAUUAGAGAAUUCACAACUGUGACUCCAGAUGACCUUGCACAUUUUUAAUAGUUCACCCCGCAUUUCGAGCCGAGACGCUGAUUUCCUAACUGAUAGCGAGAUCGUUCUAACUGUACAGCUGCACUUUAGCACACGCGUAGAUAACAUGUAGGUCAGGCUGAGGCUCGAGAGAGAGAGACCUUUGAUAGUGACUUCAAAGGUUGUCACGCACAAGACGGCGGUCCUCGGUGGGACAAGAAGAGUUGACUCAGGUCAGGAUCACUGUCAUCCUCCUCUCAAGAUCAAACCCAGAGAGAGGAUUUUAGUUCAUUUCUCGUCGAAACGUCGAUAUGAUCGAUUCCCUCUGAAGCCGAACACAGUAAGUAGGCUUAGGGAUGUGUUUCAGCUCUGCUGUCACAGGAGCAGCAGACAGGUUGAGAGUGAGCUGACCUUCGACCUUAGCUUGACCUUGCAGUAACAACUGAUGUAGGGUUGUGUGCUAAACCACUCCAGUGCCUUCUGAUGUCCUUUUCUAAGUGUGGAAUAAAUAAAGUGCAUUCCUGACUUA